AUGCGACACGUCCUGAAUGAAGUUGAAAACAUAGGAUUUUUCAUCGUGCGCAUUGUCACCGACAACCACAAAAUCAGUGUCUUAGCGUUCCAACUUCUAUGCAACGGAAGCCUCACGCAUUGCAUUGAGCACCCAGGAACACCGAAUCGAAAGCUUUUCUUAGCAUUCGAUCAGUGCCACUUGGUCAAAAACGUGCGCUCGCAGUUUUUAUCGCGUGACAUUGGAAAAGGCGGCGAAAUAACGGCGAACCACUUGAAGAGCCUCUACAAAAUGCAGCAAGGCAGCCUUGUAAAGCCAGUUAGAUUUCUAACGAGAAAACACGUGUUCCCCACAAACAUCGAAAAAAUGAACGUAAAAAGAGCAAUCCAAGUUUUGUCUCCUGCGGUGACAGAGGCAUUGAAGCUCCUGCAAGAGCAAGCGGGCCACACAUGCGACGCAAGUUUCGCGGGUGUCGGACCGACCGUUGAAUUCAUGGACACCGUGCACCGCUGGUUCAUGCUCAUGGACGUGAGCAAUUGUACCCAGCACAUACACCAGAACAAUGCCGAUUGCAAGCAGUUCGAAUUUACAAGCGAUGAACGGUUAAUCUGGCUUGAAACAAGCUUCCUCGACUACCUGGCCGAUCUCAAAAGCCAGUGCCUGGCGAAGAACUUCUUAACCAAGGAGACUUACGAAGGCCUGGUGAUGACAACUCGUUCAAAUGUUGAGUGCAUUCGAUAUCUUCUUGAAGAGAUGCGCUUUCACUUUGUUUUAACGAGAAAAAUGUCGUCUGACCAAAUCGAGUCGUUUUUUGGCUGGCUGAGGAAGUCAGCAGGGUCAAAUGAUCAAACGGAUGCCCGAGCUGUUCUGUCAGGUAUUGAGAAGACUCUGAAGACUGGCAUCGCGUCGGCGGCUGGUACGAGCAACGUAAUGGCAGCAGAAGGCAGCGAUUACUUGUCAACGCUGCCGCAACAGAAAAACACAAGGGAAGGAACCAGCGAGGAAUUCCCUGCAGAUGCAUGUAGAGAGCUCACAGAGCGACUCAAGCGAGGACAGCCUCUGCUUCCUACUCCAGAUGUCGCAGCAUUGGCUAUGGUCGGCGGCUACUUGGCAAGAGUUGUACAAGAAAAUAUCAAUUGCGAGGAGUGCGUCAGCCUGUUAAAAAAGCCAAACGCCUCGGCGCCCUCGGACUCGCUGAUAAAGCACCAAGACCGCGGUGGACUCAUCUACCCAUCGGGACAACUUUUAGCGGUUCUCUACGCAUUAGAGAAAUUUAUCGGCGUUCUUCUCGCAAGAAGAAGGCACAUGAAUCAGCCUUUGAAGGAGGCUGUGAGUAAUGCCGCUGCAAUACUCCGCGAGCACAAAACUUUGAUGUGCUCGACGCCAGGACACCAAGAGAACCUGCUGCAACUGUUGCUGACAAAGUUUUUUCGCCCAAUAUUCACAAAUUUUGCAUUGAAGGCGACAGACAAACACGACAUGGCUAAAGUGUUUGAAAUAAAACCGCUGUCACGAAAGACCCUCAAACUGUGAGCUUUGAUCUCACAGUUCGGCGCUUUUUGGUGAAGGGCUGGCUCUCCACAACAUGUUUUGUGUUGCUUACUUCCACUGUACAUUGUGUACGAACAUCAAUUUAACGUGCGAUUAUAUUUUAUAAUUCCAUCUCAAAUACGAACGCCAAACUUGUCUCCACGAGCGCGUGCGCAAGCGGCGGCGUCGCGUCGUCUGCUCUGGGACAGGGUAUGGGAAGGCAGCGUGGUCUGGUGGCGGGCGCAUGAACUAGGCGGUACGGACGGCGCGCUUUGUUCCCCCACUCAGUGAGCGGGCAUGAAAAAAUAUAGGAGGCUAUGGUCGAACGAUGUAUGGAACCAUGCACCGGUCAGAGUCGGUGCAUGGUGCUCUCGACCGAGUUGGCUCAAGGAGUGUCCGAAAAAUCAGACGAGAGGUUGCAAGGUGUCCGAACUUUCGGCAGUUGUUAUACAUUAUGGUCUAUGGGGAGAACGGCGGUGCCGCGAGGCUGACCGAAUAAUCGGGCAUGUCCGAAUUUUCGGAGUCCGGAAAAUCGGUCGGCGACUGUAAUAGCUGCAGGAAAGGCACGGGCCUCUUAUGAGAGUGGACACGCACACAAUGUUACUGGAAUUUGGGACAGCCCAGUCCACAUAUGUGCCAGGUGCGUCCUGCAGACAAGCGCGAUGAGGCCCAGUUAUUCGAAGAGCUUGUGCUAAGUAGCCGAUUCGUUUUGUUGAUCAAUGUGGGGUCUCUAAUUCUACCCUAGCUGGGGUACUGUUUCUGUGCCUCAAUGACAGGCACAUGUCGUUGGUGCCGAUUUAUAUUGGUGCGAUGCCGGCACACAUGAUAGUGGUCUUAGUAUUGAUGAAUGCACAUGACAUCACCGAAUAAGUGUUGUCAUAGUCACAUCAAAAAUAGUAUAAUUACGAAAUCGGUAAUGGAAAUGCGUACAUUAGUCACCGAAGCCACCAAAUGCACGGGUGAAUAAAAGCACGAGUUAGUCUUGCACGGCCGAUGCAAUUCCACUGUGUACGUCGAUGAACUGCCCUGCCAGUUACAGUUUUCACAACCUGAAAUUCCCUUAGUGACCUGCAUGGGAACGUACAAAGCUGAAAUCUUCAUAAAUAUAAGAUUUUUUUUUUCAAUUAUUACAAAGGAAAGACGGCCAGAAUACAUUGAAAGGUGUAGCAAUGGCAGCCAGGGCAAAUUGGCAGUGGUGACAAGGCCGGGUUUAGUCCUUUGUGGCGUAGGCAUGCACGCCUACACCACAAGGUCACCGUGAUGCAGGUUCUUGUGUUCAAAGGUUUUGACGGUUCUCUGAGGCGGAGCCUCCGAGAACCUAAUUGAGGACAAAGCCAUUGGUUUCAAAAACACACACACACAAACUUCUAAUAAAACUAGAAAGAGGCAUAAAAUAAAAUGAUAGAAAGAAAUAGAAAUAAAUAGAAAGAAAGCAUAAAAUAAACACUCAAACAGACACUGCAGUAAGGAACACACUCAGGGCUAUGGUGGCGUUUAACCAGUGCACGAGUCCGGGUUGACCACGAUGGCAGGGGCGCUUAAUAGUCUCGACGUGGAGAUGUGGCGACAAGGUGAUGAGAGAAGGUGUGCCAAUCUCACCAAAGGUCGGGGUGUUGACCCACUGAUCAGGCGACCAGAGCACCCUAGCUCUGGCUUGGAGAUGGAAGGCAGGCGGUGUGGCGGCACGAGCGCACGACGACAGCGUUCUGACCGGGCAGCUGGGCGUAGUGUUCGGGCCUGUAGCCCGACUGCUCUCGUCCUGCUCAUGGGCACAGAAGCUCGCUGGCCUUGGGCAGCUGGCGGCACGAUCGGGUAGAGUGGCGACAAACACGAACGGGUUGGCAGGGGGCCCCGGUCGUGUUAAGUCCUGGUGGCUCGGGUCCAGAACCCGACGGCCCGUCUUCAACUCCCGGUCCGGUGGCCGACCUUCUCCUGGCACCGCCUCCUGGAACUUUCCCUGUGUCUCCCCCCGCUUCUGCCAGCGCGCCUUGCUUUUUCUUCCGCUCUGGCCGAUUAGUCGUUUUCUGAUUGGCUGUUUGACGCUCUGUGGUUUCUCCUAAUUGGUUGGCAUGUUCUCUUUUCUUUUCUUGCGCCUCACGUUCACGUGCCGGACGCUCUUCGGCAUUGUCGCUUUCUUUCCAGCAGGGAAUUCGCCUCGGGGUGCACACUCCUUGUCGUCUGCUUCUGUCCUUUCUGACCACCGCACCAUGUCGCGCACUACACACAUGACUGUCACAAAGUGAAAUGAUAAUAAGAAAGAAUUUAAUUGAGUAUAAAAUGCACACACAAAAAGGUGGUCCGCAUGCUAAAUCUGGUCAGAAAGAUCAAGGUGUAAUCAAUUGGCAUACAUGAUGUGAAUUUUUCAACAAAAAUCAAACAGCAAUACUCUAUGCGACAGCUGUUAGCUGUUGCAUAGUUAAUUUUCACAUUGAGCUCUCUUUCCUAACACAUGUCCCAAGCAACCAUAAUGUAGGAAGAACACGGUAGCAAUACUGUGAAAGACAAAACUAACUUUUAUUGGGCGAACCUGUGCCCACAAGAACAGGCUACAUUUAUAGUACAACGAUAGCGGUGAACACGGUCGGCGAUCAUCGAAAAUCUUAUCAACGGGUCAAGUGCGUUGGCUUUUAUACAUCAGUCGCUGAAUGUCCCAGACUAAUCACUGGGACCCGCGUGUCUUCCACAAAGUUCUACACUAUUCGCGUCGCGCAUACAUGCAAUCAGGUUACAUCAGGUUCGGUGACAGACAGCGGAUGGAACCAUCGAUAACAUUCCAGAAACUUCCUUUACAUGCAGGCGCGCCCUGCGCUGCGUGAUAACAUUUGUUAAGCAGUGAAACGUGGUCACCCGAGAAAGAUAAACAUGUACACGUGUCAAUAUUGAACAUGUUCUCAUGUGAAAAGAAUAAAGCUAUAAAAGAAGCGCUUGCCUGUUAUCAUUCUGAUUAAGCAUGGCGCUGUUUAAGCGCCUUACAGAGGAGGGGAGGUCGCAACCUCAUUCUUAAAGAUACAGUCGACUCUCGUUACAACGGACCCUGAUAAUCCGAAAAAAAUGUCUGUUUUAUCCUAAGUCCGUAAUUUCCUAAACUCUUCUCGUCCGAAACUUUCCCUGUGAUGUCUUACAACUUUAUUGCAAAGAGUGAGUGACGAACGUCGAGAGUAAAAAUGGCUGUGGCUUAGCUAAGGUUAAGCCCAGGAUGCGAAGCAUACUAGCCUUUAUUUUAACGCGACAGCGUUAAGGAGCUCGUGUCGCAGAAAAACCGGUGUCGUUGGCGUCGGCUCAGGCGUGCGGCGCUUGCUCAGGCGCACAUUUCGUUGUCGCGCCGAACACUGCGUUGCUCGAUGCUGCGACGGUGCGAGCGACGGUGCGAGCGACGGCGCGAGUUGGAGCCCCGUUUCUCCUCUGUCGUGACGUCACGGUGUCACGUGGUAUUGAAGGCAACACCGCCGCGCCUGAGGAGCUGGGUUGAGCUCUCGAGCGACGGCGCGAGUUGGAGCCCCGUUUCUCCUCUGUCGUGACGUCACGGUGUCACAUGGUAUUGAAGGUGACACCGCCGCACCUGAGGAGCUGGGUUGAGCUCUAGUAAUAUGCUUCGCAUAAAAAACGAACAAAAAAAGUUGCAGUUUCGCUCUAAAGCCGAAGCAUCGAUAGCAAAUUAAGAUAAGUGUGGCAGCAGCAGCGAGCGAAUUGGCCUUUGUGCCGUCUCUCACUUCAACGCCAACCAAACAUUGAAAGCACAGCGCACAUGAAGCUACCGGCAUUGGGCGCACUUUGCACGCAUCGCAGAUCACUUUGAAAAAGAGGCCUGCGCAGGCGCGCACUUUGUUUGCAUCACAGAUUGCUUUCAAGAUAUGGCGGCCACGCAGUAAGCAGCAGCCGCCAGAGUAGAACCCUCCUUUCUCUAGUCCCCCCACCCUCCUUGUGCCUCGUGUGCAAAAGAAGACGGUGCGUUUCCGCUCUGCCUUCCUCCCUCGCGCACUUGAUAUUGAGCUGCAAUCAUCGGCUGACUCUCGCAAGUCAGUUGUCAGCCCGUGUCGACACGGCAAAAGUACAUUAUAUAUGCCCGAUUUUGAAAAAAAUUGCAGCUUAUUUCGUCCACUGUAGCCGAUAGACCGUUGUGGUGUGGUCCGUUAAAAGCAAACUUCGUUGCACGAAUAAAAUAGGUAGAACAUGCUAAGGCGGAAAUAUGGUUCGUUACAUCCGAAAGUCUGUUGUAUGCUGGUCCGUUGUAACGAGCAUAGGCUGUAUCGUCAACAGUUCUGCGUGAAGCAACUAGCAGCAGUUCAACAUGUGCAAAGCCACACUUAAGAUCGUUAAAAAAUAUUGGCAGCUUCGUCCGAGUGGGGAAACACUGGCUGUGAUAGCAAGAUUUAGCAUUGCAUUUGAGCUUCUUCAAUGGGGUUCUAAAUAUAUAUACUGGUCCGACUAAUGCGGAUGUGACAUAUGCGGAUGUGAUAAAAAUUCUGGCACUCUUAAAAGCUUUGACAUGCCGUGCAGUGUCUGUAAUGACAUUGCACGGGUACUACUGCACCACCCGUAAAGAGCCGCGCAAGUAAAAUUCCAUUACUUUUCAGUUUUGAGCUCUGAUAUUGUUGUGUACAUUUAAUAUUUAAUAAGUUUGAGAAUACUUCAGAUAAAAGGCAUGUGCUGUUAAUGUUAUGUUCCACGAGAUUUGUUUGUGGGCUGCCAUUCUCAAGAUUUUGAGGAAUAAUUUACUCAUGAAUGUAAGAAGUGGUAUGAGCAACUUUAGUGAUUGAAUAGUGUAGCAAUAUUGUUAUGGCGCAACCAAGAGUGGCGCCAUUCAGGAGAAGACCAUGGGACGUGUAGAGGUGGAAUUGCUCUUGACAGCCAUGUUAUUUAUGCGUCAUUGUCUCUCGUGUAAAUAUUGUAAAUACAUUGUUAGUGUGACUUCUGCAACGUAAAAAAUAGGCGGAGGUGUGGGGUACCCAUGAGAAACAGCAACGAAGCUCCGCAGUGGCUCUCACCUCAGAGUUGACAACGUGAUGAACGAAACGGGACCCAACAUGGUGUGGCCCUUAUCAACGUCUGCAACCCCGACGGUUGUGCCGGUUCAGCAGGGGGAUCCAGGGGAACAUUCUGCAGCACCGACCACCUCUACGUGGAAGACUGGAUUGCUACGUAUGAGUGUGUAAAAUCCCACAACAAAUGGGAUCUGACGAUUGUGUUGGCUAACUUGGUCUUCUACCUACAAGGCACAGCGAAGGUGUGGUAUGAAAAUCACGAGGAAGAGUGAACGACUGGGACACAUGCAAACGGAAGCUGAGAAACUUAGUCGGCCAUCCACUGGGCGGAAGAGCACCACUAAGAAAGAAGCAGCAACCCGCGCCCAGACGUUUACAGAAUCAUACAUCUCUUACAUCGAGGACGCGUUGGCUCUGCGCUGUAAGGCCAACAGCGAUACUGCUGAGUCAGACAAGGUUGGGCAUGUACUGAAUGGGUCGCUGACAAUGCUUUCAACCUGCUCAUGUGCGAAAACUGUGAAACUGUACAGGACAUCAUAAUAGAGUGUCAACGCUUUCAGCAGGCCAAUAGCCACUGCACUGCAAUGUCGUUCGCACAUCUGCGGAACACAGCUGAGACAUCCUUUUGUGAUGACGGGCUAGGAGAGCAGCGACCAUCAUCAUCAGAUGACCUGACACGUAUAGCGUGGCGAGAACUUGAAGCCAUGACACCUGCAGCCCUUUUUUCCCGCCCCAGUGAGCCGAACGACUUGCCUGCAGCACCAUUUGUUCAGGCAAUAGUCCGCGAAGAACUGGCUAAUCUUGGAGUUCAUUCUGUGUGUGUUGUUGCCGCUUCACAGCUGUCUCGUGCUUCAGGUCCAUCAACUGGUCUGCAGUAUCCUGCACGCUAGAGAAAUCCAGCCGAGUGGCGAACCGCAGGUGAUCGGCCAUCUGUUUUGCCUUUCGGCAUAUCGGUCAAGUUGCUCACCAUUGCAACAGCCAUGCUGUCUCCUCCCGUCUGUGACUGCCAUUCACCAGUUAUUAUCAUUCUGAACAGAGUGAGCAUCGUUACCAGCCUCCAUUGGCACCGCAACAUCCAAACAAUGACGCUCAUGCCGCUCUUUCGAACAGUUCCUCGUUUUCAUUCCGACGUCCCCAAUUCCGCUAUGAAGCAAACUUCACGAAGUGGAUUCGGUUUUGCAUGCGAUCACACCACGCAGGAAAUGUUCGGCCCGAUUUUCAUGAAGGUGCGCAUUAGGAUCAGGUAAAUACUGUAAUCAGACAAUAUGAGCUAUAGUUACUGCUAAAAUCUUCCUGUGGCUGACCAAAAAUAGGUGUUUUUGACAGAAUAUGGGUGCAUGCUCAAUGUAUCACUAUCCCUUAAGCUCCGCUGAGACUGAUGCUACCACUAAAGGGGUUACUCUUAAGGUCAACAUAAGGGUCACGCAUGUGCUUGCUGACUGGUCAAGCUUUAACUCUUUCCCUACCAUAGGGAAAAGGUGUUUUUUUAGGGUAUGCCAGAUAUUUUUUUUCUGAUGGAACUACUGCACUCAAUAUUUUAUGUAAUGCACAAGCAAAAAACACAAUGAAUGCACUUUUCACGUAUACUAGUUUUACUAACGUGAUUUAUGUCAUAAAAAAGAUAUAAGUUGCUAGAAUCAUGAUUGUGGGAUAAAAUUUAACAAAGUUUGUAAAGACACACUUGUAUCUACUAAGAAAAAUAUCUAACAGAAAUUAUGAGAUAUACAAAAUGUAUUGCCGCCUGAUAGGCACUAUCUCCAAAAAAAAUCUAAUUUUCUGCGAACAGGUAUUCUGCUAC